CCACUCCACAGCCCAAAACAAAAGAACCAAACAAUGGCGAUGGCCUCCCUUCGCUCCCAAAUCCACCGCCUCCCUUCCCUCUCCAAGUCCCUAAUCUCCAGAUCCUCCGCCACCGCCGCCGCCGCCGCCCCAUCCUCCUCCAGGAAAGUCUCCGACCGCAUCGUCAAGCUCUUCGCGAUCGACUUCGACGGCCGGAAGCGCGAGAUAGUGGGGCUCUCCGGCCAAACCCUCCUGAAAGCCCUAGCCAACAGCGGCCUGAUCGAGCCGGCCUCCCACCGCCUCGAAGACAUCGACGCCUGCUCCUCCGAGUGCGAGGUCAACAUCGCUCAGGAGUGGUUCGAUAAGCUGCCGCCGCGGACCUACGACGAGGAGUACUUGCUCAAGAAGUACGCUAGGGCUAGGGUUCUCAACAAGCACUCCAGGCUCGGAUGCCAGAUCGUCCUCACCAAUGAGCUCCAAGGUAUGGUGGUCGCGAUCCCCGAGCCCAAACCCUGGGACAUUCCGUAAGAUUUUUUGGUUGAAUUGAAAUGGAGACUAGGGCUUUAUUGUGGUGCUUUUGGAUAUAAUAAUGUGCUCGCUGCUAGCUCUGGUGGCUUUUUUUGAACCAGCUUUUUAUGUUGUGGCAUAAUGUGCUUGAUUCUGUGUAAGAGAAUUGCCGUUCAAUUUCAUGAUUCGGUUAUCAUGUUUAAUUGUUUUCUCUAGUAAGAGAAAUGCUGUUCGAUUUCA